UUUGUUGUGGCGGUGAGGAAGAGGAAGCCCUGAAGGGUCAAAAGGAAUACAAAAGCAAAGGCUAUCUUCUUUCUUUUCUUUUUUUUUUUUUUUUUUUGUCCUAAAGAGCGAGCGGUCUUAGCAGUGGCGGUUUGGGGUGGGCGCCGCCGAGGUGAGGGGGUCUCGCCUCCCGCACGCUGGUAGACCGAUUGUGCCAUUAUGGAUGGAGGGGAUGAUGGUAAUCUUGUUAUCAAAAAGAGGUUUGUGUCUGAGGCAGAACUAGAUGAACGGCGCAAAAGGAGGCAAGAAGAAUGGGAGAAAGUUCGAAAACCUGAAGAUCCAGAAGAGUGUCCAGAGGAGGUUUAUGACCCUCGGUCUCUAUAUGAAAGGCUACAGGAACAGAAAGACAGGAAGCAGCAGGAGUAUGAGGAGCAGUUCAAAUUCAAAAACAUGGUAAGAGGCUUAGACGAGGAUGAGACUAACUUCCUUGAUGAGGUUUCUCGACAGCAGGAACUCCUGGAAAAGCAACGAAGAGAAGAAGAACUGAAAGAACUGAAAGAAUACAGAAGUAAUCUCAACAAAGUUGGAAUUUCUCCAGAAAACAAGAAGGAGGUGGAGAAGAAAGUGGCUGUGAAACCCAUAGAAACCAAGAACAAGUUCUCCCAGGCAAAGCUGUUGGCAGGAGCUGUGAAACAUAAGAGCUCAGAGAGUGGCAACAGUGUGAAAAGACUGAAAUCGGACCCUGACCCAGAUGACAAGAGUCAAGAAGCCCCAUCCUGCAUGUCUCUCGGCAGCACGUCCCUGAGCGCCCCUUCCAUCCACUGUCCCUCCGCGGCGGUCUGCAUCGGCAUCCUCCCGGGCUUGGGUGCCUACUCCGGGAGCAGCGACUCCGAGUCCAGCUCCGACAGCGAAGGCACGAUCAACGCCACCGGCAAGAUCGUCUCCUCCAUCUUCCGAACCAACACCUUCCUCGAGGCUCCGUAGCUCCCGUGUCCCCCCUCCCACCCCGACCCCGCCAGAGCUCCUGCCCAAGAGUAGGCCGGACGGUUUGUUCCAACUCCGGGCACCAGCUCCCUCAGAACUCCUUUGCCCGCUUCCUGUGCACACCGUGACAUUCUUAGCCUCAUCUAAAAAUGUGCCAGAAUUCACUUGUGGCCCCCCUUGUGUUUGGUCUCUCUUUCCACUCCAGUGCAGAUGUCCAGACCUGUCCCGCCGCCAUGGUGGGGCGGGGGCCGCGGCUCCGCAGAGAUUCCCCUGGAAAUGCCCUGGGAAGACAGGCACCCACUGGGACGCAGAGUGUCUGGAUGCCGUUGCUUUCUUGUUUUCUCCUUUGUUUCCUUUCCCAACAGCACAGAGAAGCAAGGGCAGUUGCGGGACAGGUAUCAUCUAUACCUUCUCUUCCAGCAGAACACACCGUGUGGUUGUACUGCGUGGGGGUGCAUGUUGGGGGCCUGGGGGGAGGAGGGCCCAGGUGAUGGACUGCUGCACUCCCUUGCAACUAACGGAUUCUUGAUGUUGUGUGACUAAGUAAAGAUUAUAAACUACA